UUGAAUGUUUUCAGUAAUAUACCUUCCUUUUGCAACCUUAGUUAUCAUAUCCUGUCACCAUGCUCGGAACCUGUGAAAAUAGGACAAUAACUUCCUGAUGAAUCAUUAACUUAAACGUUCAAAGUGCUCUCUGUGGGAUCCAAACCUGUUGGAACAGCUAUAACAUCUAUCACUAUCUAAGGACAAAACAUCCAACUUCCUCCACUCCAACCCUCUCUUAACUUGGACUCGUAAGGGGAUUGAGGAAAGAUACAAAUGAAGGAAUUAUGGAUCUGUUUAUGAACAAAAAUGGCUACCUUCGCCAACCACUCAACAAAUGAGAGCAGCGGGCACAGCUGGCGCUGUCAAUUCAAGGAGGACUUCAAGUACAUCCUGCUUCCUGUCAGCUACACUCUGGUCUUCGUGAUUGGCCUAGCCCUGAAUGUCACGGCCAUGUACGUGAUCCUGUUCCGUACAAAACGCUGGAAGCCCUCCACGGUGUACAUGUUCAACCUGACAGUGUGCGACACCCUCUACAUCCUCACCCUACCCUUCCUAAUCUACUACUACGCCGACGAGAACGACUGGCCCUUCAGCGAGCCGUUCUGCAAACUCAUCCGCUUCCUGUUCUACGCUAACCUCUACGGUUCCAUCCUGUUCCUGUGCUGCAUCAGCCUGCACCGCUUCCUGGGUGUGUGCUACCCGAUGAGGUCACUGAGCUGGGUCAGCUCCCGGAGAGCCCGGCUGGUGUCUGUGGCGGUGUGGGCGUGUGUGUUGAUGUGCCAGGCUCCCGUGCUCUACUUCUCACGCACCAGGGACGAGGGGACAGAGAGGGUGUGUUUCGACACGUCCAGUCCAGAGUUAUUUCAUCACUUCCUGGUGUACAGCUCGGUGGUGUCUGUCCUGAUGUUUGCCUUCCCCUUCAUGGUGGUGAUGGUGUGCUAUGGACUGAUGGUGAGGAAGCUUCUGGAGCCCACCUGGGGGGCAGGAGGGAGCCAGUCGAGGGGAGUCGGGGGGCUCGCUGCUCAUCGCUCCAAACACAAGUCUGUGAAGAUGAUAAUCAUUGUGUUAGCAGUGUUCAUGCUGUGUUUCCUACCCUUCCACCUGACCAGAAGUCUGUACUACUCCCUCAGAUACCUGGAGCAGAUGGAUCCCUCCCAGGUGAGCUGUGAGCUGCUGAAGGUGUCCAGCAUGGCCUAUAAGGUGACACGCCCCCUGGCCAGCGCCAACAGCUGUGUGGAUCCCAUCCUCUACUUCAUGGCUGGACAGGGUUUCCGUAGAAACUUCACUAACAGAAGCAGGGCAUCACAAAUGAAACCAGGAAGCGUGACGGCGGCACUCUCGACGCAGCUCUGACCGACAGGAAGAUCAAUCUGUUAUCUGAAUAGCUAUGGAACACAGUGUGUAUUCCAUUGGAAUGGAGAAAACACAGUUCGACAAAGACACUGGAUGGAUGAUUUGACCCUGCUGGUCAUUUAUGAACAUUUGAACAUCUUGGCCAUGUUCUGUUAUAAUCUCCACCCGGCACAGCCAGAAGAGGACUGGCCACCCCACAU